CGUACAUAUCAGCACAGACUGAAUGAAACAUCUGUAGAAAAUAAGAACGCUUUAAGAUUUUGAAUAUGAAAUAUUUAGCUGUUUUUGUUCUUUUGUGCUUAUGUACCUUGGUUUGGUGUAAACCCCAAGCAAAGUACACUACUAGGUAUGACAAUGUCGACUUAGAUGCUAUUAUCAGAAGUGAUAGGUUGUUGAAGAAUUAUGUUGAUUGUAUGGUAGGAAGAAAGAAGUGUACUAAGGAUGGGGAAGAAUUAAAAAGAAACCUACCUGAUGCUUUACAAACUGCUUGUUCGAAAUGUAGUGAAGCUCAAAAAGCAGGAAGUCGGAAAAUUAUUCGACAUUUGAUCACAAACAGACCGCAAUGGUUUAGGGAGUUAGAAGUAAUUUACGAUCCACAGGGUGUUUACAGAAGAGCAUACAACGAAGAACUAAAAAGAGAAAAAUUGACUUUGUAGAACAUAGAUUUUUUAUCAGUAAUAAAAGACGUAUGAUGAUUUGAUAUCAA